AUGGAAUCCUCAUCCGAAACAAUCCCACUCCAGACUCAACCUCAGCAACAAGCACUCUUUGCCGGUACCGCGACAAAUGCUACCCCCGAGAAGGGUACCGCAAAUCGUGAAGUAUCAAAGUGGAAGCCAGGAAUUGUCAGAAGAUUCCCAAUCUUUGGUCUCAUCCCUAUGAUGUUGAGCAUAGCUUGCACUGCAAUUGCCGUCGCUGUUAUUCUCUUGAGUGAGGGUACACCAGUGGAUGGAUGGUGGUCCGGCGUCAGACAACCUGGCGUUCUCUUGGCUUAUACCUCGACAGUUGCUAAUACUUUGAUGGCCAUAUCUUUCGUCAAAGGGUCUGUGGUCUUUUUCUGGACACAAGCGGUAAUGGGAGAAAUGAGAAUCAGUAGCUUACAUUACUACUGGAUGGGAUCUACCGGUAUUCUUGGGGCUCUCAAAGCGAUCUGUCUCAGAAAAGCUACUCGCUGUCCAAUCUUAGUCGCAAUUACAACUCUCCUUCGUGGCCCUCUGAUACAAAGAGCCUCCUUUGUUGUCAACGUGCCAGUUGCUGGAGGCACGAUCGAUCUGCAGGUGCAGCCAGAUAUGGACAAUGAUUGGGGCGGGACCACAGAUGCAAGCCAUACGCAGGUUUACUUUCACCCUCACUUCUCAACUGUCAUUGCGGAGUUUCUGUCCAAGACUCAAAUUACCAUUGGCGGGGAGAAGUGUCAAGACUGCUCUUUUGAAAUUCAAGCUUUUGGCUUUAAUGUCACGAACUGUACCUCGGAAGCCACGGAUAAAUACGACUUCGCGGACAUUGACAAUUGGGGAACAAGCAUCACCCUAUUCAAAACCAAUGUUAUAGUCAGCGACUCCUUCAACUAUGGAAAAUCGUUGACUAUUACCGCAGUACGAAAGAACACCCAAGAUUGCACUGGUCAGCUGAUUGAAGAGGUAUGUGAGCUUGUUCCCGCGUCAAUCAACUACCAUCUCAAUCUGAAGGGAGACAUCGCAACGUUCAAGUCAGACAAUUGGAAAGACGACUCUGCCUUGAGACAUUUGUAUCAUGUCGAACAACCUACAACACCUAGGAAUAUGACUGUGCCCUCACCACCAGAAAACAGUGACUGGGUCCCUACGGAAACCACCAUACUGCCGCUUCAAAGAAUCGGACAAGCCAUUUUCAAGUCAGAACUAGAGGUAAACAUGUCAUUUACGGGAUCAUCGCACACGUGGUCUUCGACAACUGCCCAGGAACAAGUCCUACCCAAAAUCUUCUUCGCAGGUAGAAAGAGCUUAGAAUCGGAUGACUACUGUUUAGAAUACUAUACGAGCCCGAUGGACUAUAUUAUCAAAAACUAUCGCGAGCUAGCCUUUCGCAUCUCCGUCCGCGCGGGGGCGGAAAAGAAACUGAACCAAACGGUUCCAUAUAUCAGCCAUCUAGUCCACGCAAAAUACGCCGCUAGCGUUCCAUCGCUCAUUCUUGGCAUCAUAAUCAGCGUGCUUGGGCUACUGGCGACACUGAUCCUUUUCUGGGGUUGGUGGAAGAUGGGGAGAAGCUUUUCGAUGAGCCCGCUGGAGCUCGCAAACGCGAUUCUUUGCCCUGGUCCGGAUCCUUCCACUGAAACAGGAAAUGGGGACAUUGAGCUCGAACUCUCAACAAUCUUUGCCAACUGCAGCAGCAAUGCUUCAGCUGAGAAACUGGCAAAGCAAGUCGGUCAAAAGGUUGUUGAAGCUGAUAGGAAACAACUAGAGCCAACGUUGCAGUAUGGUGUGCUGGAGAGUACGGGUCGUUUGGCUUUUGGCUUUACCAAGUCGGGGCUUGUUCGGGAGCCAAAGGAAGGGGAGUUGCUAUAA